AUGUCCAAGCAAGAGCAGUCCGACUCGCGAGACGACAAACCGCCAACUCUAUCACAGCAUCAUAAGGAAACAAAGUGGUACGAUGCUUGGAUUCGAUGGGAGAAGGGUUCCAAAGAAAACUAUGAUGAUGACGACGAAGACGAGGAAGAAGACGAGGAGCCUCCACUGAUUCCCACCGAUACCUAUCAUUCUUCCUACCAAGUUCCCUCCCAAAAUGAUGACGCUACUCCCAUUAUCAAUUUGGAAUUAAUGGGCUUUCCCUCCGAAUCCGAAGCCAUUUGGACCUCGACGGGCCUUACGCUCUGGCAAUCUUCCGAAUUUCUCUGCGACUAUUUGGUGGAACACUAUGGAGAGAUUGGUCGAUUGCGUCAUGGUGAUGAUGACGACAAUGAUACUGAUAAGCCCUGUCGUAUUUUAGAAGUGGGUUCUGGAUUGGGACGUUCGGGAAUUUUGAUGCAUUUGCUAGCGAAUGCUUCUUCCUACCAAGAACAAGAACAACAAGAGCAGAAAAAUGAUGAUUCUCGCGUCUUUCGGCAGCAAGUCGUCUUGACGGAUGGGGAUACCGAUGUCUUGGCCCAACUGAGAUCGAACGUUCAGCACAAUUUGGAAUUGAAUGCCAAGUUAGUGCAAAAUAACAACGCAAGUGAUUUGUCGUGUCAUCAACUGAUUUGGGGCAAGGAUCACGCCAAGGCUUUUGUCAACAGACCGUGCUUCCACCAUUCGAUGAACCAUCAUAACAAUACAAAUGACCCCAAUGCUUCCUACCAUUUCGAUGUCAUUAUUGGAUCGGAUCUCAUCUAUGUCACCCAAGUCAUUCAACCACUCUUUGAGACGGUUCAAACCUUGCUCCAUCCCAAGCAUGGAAUCUUUCUCAUGGCCCAUUGUGCCCGACGCGAAGGCAAUGAAGUGGAUUUGGACGUCGUAUUCGACCAGGCCCGCAAGGUAGGAUUGCAAUAUACCCAAUUGCAUCCAGAGGAUGAUGACAAAACAACAAAUUGUGAGAAUGAUCAGGAGGAAGGGAUAUACCUCUACCAAUUUGAAUGGUCGAGAAGAGAAUGA